AUGUAUUGCUCCAUGGUAGCCUUGACGAUGGGUGUCCAGGAGAUUUGCCAGCAAGUUGUAUUUAAUUGUCCAUGCAAAAGACACUUCGAGUAUGGGCUGGCAUUUUUAUGCGGACCAGCUAUUCUUUUGUUUUUCCUAGGCAUUUUCCUGAAUGACACUCUAUGCCGUACUGGCCCUGAAAGGGACACCGAGAAAGCCAUGACAAGCCCUCUAUGUCACUAUUUCAAGUUACUGUUCACUAUAUUCUAUGCAGUGACACUAGCAAGCGUCGCUCCAGUUGCCUGGUUGGUUCUAUCUUUCUUGCAACAGCAGUACUACACAUGCGCAUACUUUGGACCUCCUCUUGCCGAUAGAAUUUCAACUGCUACAAAUGCGACAUACAAGUGCCAUUUUAAGGUCGGCUUUCGAUCAAAAGAGAUGGAAGAAACCUACAAAACCGACAGUCAGAUUGCAGGCUGGUCACUCAUGAUCAUAUUCGUGAUCGUCCUUGUCAUUUCCAUCUGCAUACGUCAAUGCAUGAAAAAAGGAAAGCGUCUAAAAAUACCGAGUUCUGAAUACUACCGCCAUGUUGAAGCCCAAGAAGCCGUUGAGCAGUACCACGCCAUUGCAUUGGAACGUGCCAAAGAAAAAGCAAAGAUGUACAUUGAAAAUUUGUUCCCAAAA